UUUUCACCCUUAGCUGUUUGGGGGACUCGUCUGGAUUUUGGUCGCCUCCUCCAAUGUUCCUCUACCUCUGCUCCAAGGAUGGGUCAUGUUCGUGUCCGUGACGGCUUUUACCCUUUCCCUCCUCUUCCUGGGGGUGUUCCUCUCUGGCAUGGUGACUCAGAUUGACGCCAACUGGAACUUCCUGGAUUUUGCUUACCACUUUACAGUGUUCGUCUUCUACUUUGGAGCCUUUUUACUGGAAGCAGCAGCCACCUCCCUGCACGAUCUGCAUUGCAAUACAACCAUGGUUGUGCAGCCGCUCUUGAAUAAUAACCAGUAUAACAUAAACGUAGCAGCUACAAUUUUUGCCUUUGUGACGACAGCUUGUUAUGGUUGCAGUUUGGGUCUGGCUUUACGAAGGUGGCGACCGUAACACUCCUUAGAAACUGACUGUGUGUUUUAUUUGUCUACUUCCUGUGUCUGAUCAAUUUGGGUACCAUUUUGUCCAGAUAUAGCAAGAGUCUGAAGUUUAGUAUAUGGGGAGAUUCUAAAUACAGUUUUGGUUUAUUUCAAGGAUAGAAUUUUAAUUUUAUUAUGAUAUUAAACAUCAAAAUGGCCUUUAAUUUUA